CCAUCCAUCAUGGCGGCCUCCUUUUCGCAGAGAAGCCUGCGUUGCUAGGUUCGUCAAGGUUGAAGUCAGUCGACGCACGGAACCCACGCCGAGCUGGCUUCAUGUCGCUGUGUUGUUUUUCCAUAGUAGCAGCGACCUAGGACUGUGUGGUGUACUGUUAGCCACCCUACCACAAUGAUGCAUAAGACUGCCCGCUUCUGUCGUCUACCGUCCUUGCUGUGCCGGAGUGUGCCAGCUGUUUCAUCGCGGACCGCCACGCCCGUGUUGUCAGCGCUGUCUGACAAGUUUGUUCGUUUCGGCUCCAGUCACUCCAGUGGUCUACCAACACAGUCAUGCAGGGGUCGCCACCGCCUCAACCGCUAUGCAGUUGGAGCAGGUGCCCUGUUGUCUGGUUACUUGCUCUGGAGGCAGCGUACAAUGUGGCUGCCCAUUGUCUCUGCCUCCACUGUUCCACCACCAUCCACCCGGUUCAACUUCAUUGCUGAUGCUGUUGAGAAGACAGCACCUGCUGUGGUCUACAUUGAGAUACUGGGCAGGCACCCAUUCACUCAACAGCAGAUAGCCGUGUCCAAUGGCUCUGGCUUUGUGGUGCGCCCCGAUGGUCUCAUCCUAACUAACGCACAUGUUGUGGCCGAUGGCCGGCUCGUGACUGUUAAGUUGCACGACGGGCGUCAGUUCACAGGAAAAGUGGAGGUCGUCGACCGCCGCUCUGAUCUGGCCACCGUUCGCAUCCCAGCAAAGGGUCUGCCGACGCUACAACUCACCCGCACAGACCAACUUCGACCCGGCGAGUGGGUAGUUGCCAUGGGAAGUCCACUUGCCCUCAACAACACCAUCACGGCUGGUGUGGUCAGCUCCGUGCACCGUUCAAGCAAAGAGCUCGGCAUUCACAACGAGAUGGACUACAUCCAGACUGAUGCCGCCAUCAAUUUUGGCAACUCAGGAGGACCCCUCAUCAACCUGGAUGGAAAUGUGAUUGGCAUCAACACAAUGAAAGUCACAGCAGGAAUCUCCUUUGCCAUCCCGGCUGAUUAUGCGAUGAACUUUCUGGAAGAGGCAUCAAAGAAAAACCAGGAGGAGACAUCAGCCGACCGAUGGUACCUGGGCAUCACGAUGCUGACGCUGACACCUAGCCUCAUCCUGGAACUACAGCAGCGUGACCCUAUGUUCCCGCAUGUCACGAAUGGAGUCCUUGUCUGGAGGGUCAUGCUGGGCUCGCCUGCAAACCUGGCCGGUCUCCAGCCUGGUGAUAUCAUUGUGAAGAUUGGAGGCACAGAAGUCAAAUCUUCCCAGGACGUUUACAAGGCACUUGAAGUAUGGAAGCCACUUGAUAUUGAAGUCAUACACAGAGGCACUCGAAAGAAGCUCAAAGUUCAACCUUGAGUAGCACAGUACCAGCAAUAAAAUGGCCAUUUUAUGUU